CUUCGGGAGACUCGAGCGCGUUUUCUCAGAGCCAGUGCUAAUGUCACGCUUCCGGGAGCGGGGGCCAGGGAAGUGACGUUUGAUCCUUGGUUGAGGAUGGCCGGAGCCGCGCGAGGGCCGCGGUAGCCCGGACGAGGUUCCCGCCCUUUGUUUAAAUGAAAGGCAUGUCUUUGACGAGCGUCUCGGGUCGGUCCGAGUGCUGCUCCGUCAUCUGCGGGGCGUCCACGACGCCGAUCGUCUCGACGACGACGGCACUGCCGUUCGACGACGAUUGUCUCAAGGAGCGACGAUGGUGGUGCUUCCUCCUCUCGAGCAUCUUCACCUUCAUCGCGGGCCUCCUCAUCGUCCUGCUAUGGCGCGUCUUCGCUUUCCUCUGCUGCAAGAAGGAGCCGGAGCUCUCGCCCAACGACCCCAAGCAGAAGGAGCAGAAGGCCGCCCGCCAGAGCGGCAAGCAGGAGUUCGAGGGCACUUUCAUGACCGAGGCCAAGGACUGGGCCGGCGAGCUCAUCUCGGGUCAAACCACCACCGGCAGGAUCCUGGUGGUUUUAGUUUUUAUACUAAGCAUAGCAUCUCUCAUAAUUUAUUUCAUCGAUGCCUCUAGUGAGGAAGUCGAGCGUUGCCAAACCUGGAGCAACAAUGUGACUCAACAAAUAGAUCUAGUCUUCAACAUUUUUUUUAUGGUGUAUUAUUUCAUAAGAUUUAUAGCUGCUAGUGAUAAAUUGUGGUUCAUGUUGGAAAUGUAUUCCUUUGUUGAUUAUUUUACAAUUCCACCAUCGUUUGUUUCCAUUUAUCUGGAUCGAACGUGGAUAGGUUUAAGGUUUCUUCGAGCUCUAAGGCUGAUGACGGUUCCAGAUAUUCUACAGUACCUUAAUAUUCUAAAAACUUCGAGCAGCAUCAGACUUGCUCAACUUGUUUCCAUUUUCAUCUCAGUCUGGUUAACUGCUGCGGGUAUUAUUCAUCUUCUCGAAAACUCAGGUGAUCCAUUUGAAUUCAACAAUCCUCAACAACUCUCGUAUUGGACUUGUGUUUAUUUUCUAAUUGUCACCAUGUCAACAGUCGGUUAUGGUGAUGUCUACUGCCAAACUAUCCUCGGUCGAACUUUUUUAGUAUUCUUUCUCCUAGUCGGCUUGGCCAUUUUUGCGAGUUGUAUUCCUGAGAUUAUUGACCUAAUCGGGACUAGACCCAAAUACGGCGGAACCCUGAAGAAUGAACGUGGCCGAAGGCACAUUGUAGUUUGCGGACACAUAACGUACGAAUCUGUUUCGCAUUUUCUGAAAGACUUCUUGCACGAGGACCGAGAAGAUGUGGACGUAGAAGUUGUCUUUUUACACAGGAAACCGCCUGAUUUGGAACUUGAGGGCCUUUUCAAGAGACACUUUACAACUGUAGAAUUCUUCCAAGGAUCAAUUAUGAAUCCAAUUGAUCUUCAAAGGGUCAAGGUUCACGAAGCUGAUGCUUGUUUAGUUCUGGCGAACAAAUAUUGCCAAGAUCCAGAUGCAGAAGAUGCAGCGAAUAUAAUGAGGGUCAUAUCAAUCAAGAACUAUUCAGACGAUAUUCGAGUCAUCAUUCAAUUGAUGCAGUAUCACAAUAAAGCAUAUCUAUUAAACAUUCCUUCCUGGGACUGGAAACAAGGUGACGAUGUGAUUUGCCUGGCUGAACUCAAGCUUGGAUUUAUUGCUCAAAGUUGUCUUGCGCCAGGGUUUUCCACCAUGAUGGCCAAUCUUUUUGCUAUGCGAUCUUUCAAAACGAACGUGCGCUGUGAUCAGUCCCUUGAAAUGCAAUCAUGGCAAAAUGAUUACCUGCGCGGGACUGGGAUGGAAAUGUACACUGAAACACUCAGCACUUCGUUCAUCGGGAUACCGUUCGCGCAAGCUGCUGAACUUUGUUUCACAAAACUGAAGUUACUGCUUCUUGCGAUCGAAAUAAAAAGUGAAGAUGGACGGGACAGCAAGAUCUCUAUCAAUCCACGGGGCGCAAAAAUCACAGCCAACACACAGGGUUUUUUUAUUGCUCAAUCAGCGGAUGAAGUCAAAAGGGCCUGGUUCUACUGUAAAGCCUGUCAUGAGGACAUUCGUGACGAAACUCUCAUCAAGAAAUGCAAAUGCAAAAAUUAUGUUGGAAUGAUGAUGAUGCAGUCAGGAAUGGUGAAAGGUACUGACAAGAAUUCUCAUUGUGUAGAGGUGGCGACAUUUAGAAAAGGCGUUCGAGCUAUUCAGAUGGUUGGAAGAGCAAGCGAAGAUUACUCAUACGCAAAUGAACACCAUCUUCCCCCCACGUUUACUCCACCAGAGCUCCCAAAGAAAGUUCAUAUAAGAGGUGAUGGUGGUGAAUUGAAACAUCAGGAUGAUGGAGUUAUGGGAAUGCGGAACCAUCGAUCACCACCCCCUCCCCCAAUCAUGAACUCAACAAUGAAGCAGGUGAAUAAAGUAAAACCUACGAUAAGCCGCCUGACGGACAGUCUUUCCCCAAGUAAUCAGCAGUAUACAAGGCUUCCUGACUCGGAGCCCAAGUAUGCUGGCUAUCAUCUGGCCUACGAAGUGAAAAAACUCAUGCCAACAAGUAGAGGCUCAGCAGGAACAAACCAGAAUCAAAAUGGCGGUCUACAGGUCGGUAUAGCUGAUGAUCAAGCGAAAGACUUCGAUUUUGAAAAGACUGAGAUGAAGUACGACUCUACAGGCAUGUUCCAUUGGAGCCCUGCUAGAAACUUAGAAGACUGUAUUCUUGAUCGAAAUCAAGCGGCCAUGACAGUGCUGAACGGUCAUGUAGUUGUAUGCUUAUUUGCUGAUCCAGAUUCGCCACUAAUUGGGCUCAGAAAUCUAGUAAUGCCUCUAAGAGCUUCCAAUUUUCACUAUCAUGAGCUCAAACAUGUUGUCAUAGUGGGGGCAGUUGACUACAUUCGUAGAGAAUGGAAAAUGCUCCAGAAUUUACCAAAAAUUUCCGUUCUCAAUGGCUCACCGCUAAGUCGAGCUGACUUACGUGCUGUGAAUGUAAACCUCUGUGAUAUGUGUGUGAUUCUCUCUGCCAAAGUACCAAGUAAUGAUGAUCCAACGCUUGCCGACAAAGAAGCUAUUCUGGCAUCUCUCAACAUCAAAGCCAUGACCUUCGAUGAUACGAUAGGUGUUCUCAACCAAGAUGAGUCGGGAGUUGUUAGUGUUCAAAAUCAACAAGAAAAUCUUGGAACAAGUGGUCCAAUUGUUCUGCAGAGGAGAGGAUCUGUUUAUGGAGCUAAUGUGCCUAUGAUUACAGAGCUUGUGAAUGACAGCAAUGUGCAGUUUUUAGAUCAAGAUGAUGAUGAUGAUCCUGAUACCGAACUGUAUUUGACGCAACCAUUUGCUUGCGGUACUGCCUUUGCCGUCAGUGUUUUAGAUUCAUUGAUGUCAACUACAUAUUUCAAUCAGAAUGCACUCACGCUUAUCAGAUCCCUGAUUACGGGCGGGGCAACUCCUGAACUUGAGUUGAUCUUGGCAGAGGGAGCUGGUCUUCGUGGUGGUUACAGCACUGCCGACAGUCUUUCAAAUCGAGAUCGUUGCAGAGUAGGCCAGAUAUCUCUUUUUGAUGGGCCUCUAGCACAGUUUGGUGAAGCUGGAAAGUAUGGUGACUUGUUUGUGUCUGCUUUGAAGUCAUACGGAAUGCUUUGUAUAGGUCUUUAUAGGUUUCGUGAUACUAGCUCCUCCUGUGAUGCCUCAACUAAAAGAUACGUCAUCACCAAUCCGCCUGAUGACUUCUCGCUACUGCCAACUGAUCAAGUAUUUGUUCUAAUGCAAUUUGACCCGGGUCUUGAGUACAAGCCAACCAACCGUAUUGGCACAACUGCAACUAGCGCUGGGACUGCAGGAAGAGGGAAGGAUGAAAACUCCUGACUAUUGCUUUGUAGCGCUCUCACGGACGGACCUUACUCUUACAUCUAAACUUUCUCUCAACAAAGCAUCGAUAGAUCCCCCAACAACUGACAGCAGUUUUGUAUUUUUUUUCUCUUUUUAUUUUUCCGUGAAUGACACGGUUUUCAUUCUGAGUCUUAGUUAAUUUUUAUUCCUCUUUGUUUUUAUACUUGUUGUUUUAAGCUACCUCUUCUUGAUUUUUUUACUAUUAGCAUGAAAUGAGCUGCAGAGCAUCAUGCUAAAAUUCAUAACAAGCAUGAAGGCCUCCUUCAAGCAGCCAAAGUUCAGCCUUCAAGUUCGCCUAGUCAAUCUUAUUACCUGUGCAUCCCCUUUCAGGGAUCAUGUUUUUGAAUCUUUGCCAUCUCAAAUCAACGAAUCAGUUUGGCGAGUUAUGAAAUUUUGUUUGUCACGUUACAGUGACUUUUCUUUCUUCUUUCUUUCAAAAUAUAUUGUUUGUGUUACUUUAGUCUUGCUUUUAGGUUUUGAUUUUUGUUCUUGUAUGGAUUCGUUUAUUUUAUGCUGUCGUAAAAUGAUUUUCGAGAAAGUCUAGAUUACUGUUCAUGGUAAGGCCUCUGUAGAGUCGCUACACUCUCUUAUAAAAUAAGUGAUAAAACUUCAUAUGUUUAUAGAUUUUCCUUGUUUUUUUAUCGCGUAGGUUUCAUUUGAAAGUUGUCAAAUUGAGAUACUCCUUCAAAGCACCUUGCUCUUCUCCUAACUAAACUAACUGUUUUUCCUAGUGACGUUAAUAUUUUUCAUUGUUUCAUCAAGAUUUUCUUCAAAAUUAGCAGCAUAGCCUGAAGUUUUGGCAUCUUGUUUGUAUUUUCUUUAUUUUUGUGGAGCAAAUCUUAAGAUUUUAAAUGUAUAUCUUUAAAUCCAAGUUAAACAAAGAAACUUUAUAUUAUUUUUUAUUACAGAAAAUAAGUAUUCAAGCCAUGGACUGUAACUCAAUGCGACAACUGAAAUCAAAUUAUGUAAACUUAUUCAUUUAGUAGGUUUGAGAAAAUUUGUCAUUCUAACCUAGGAAGCUACGCGAUAAAUGCCAAAUUAUAUUUUUAUAAAAUCCUGCUCUGUGCUAUUUUUAUAUGAGUUUCAUGUCCCUGCUCUAAAUAAAACUAUCUUUGUGUACUCGGGUCCUGAAAUAUGAUUAUGAUAAUCAAGAAUAUUUAAGAAUGAAAAUGGCCAAGUAUACUCCAUAAACUCAGGACUUAACCUUUAUCUAGCUUUUGAAUUUUCUUCUUUUUUUAAUUUGAUCAACAGUUUAAAGUUUGCAAAAUUGUAAUCAAAUUAGCUGGGCAUAUCUUUGACUCAGAUCCUUUGUACCAUAUUUAAUUCAGCUUGAAUAUUUUUAUUGAGAAUUCUACUGGACGCCCAGUUUAAGUUCUAAGAGUGUUAUUUGUCUAGCCUUAUCAAUCGUCAUCUGAUACGGUUUAGCAGGUAUUCAAUCAAAGUAUCUACUCAUAACAAUGUAUCUUUCACAACAUUUUUUGGAAAUUGUGAGUUUAUUAGAUUUUAAAAUUUCAUGUUUUUAUACAGGAGUUUAGCUUUUUUAGAUUUUUGGAAACACUGAUUGCAGUUCCCGAUCAUUAAAUAAAUAUUUCAGUGUGUUUUUAUUUACAGUGGAGGCCUUUUUACUGAGAUUUAUAUUUACCACAAUGCAAUUAUGCCAUUCAAGUCCUAUUGUUAGCUUUACCUUGUCCAAAAUUUAUAAGCUUUUUAAACAAAAUUGUUUAGAAGGUUUUACUCAUGCUUGCUUUACAUGCCGAAAAAGUAAUCACAGAUUUGCUGUUGACCCAAUUUGAAGUUUUUAAGUCAGAUUUCAAUUGUAACUGACCAUAGAUAAAUUGAAUGAGCCACUGCCCCUGUUAAUAUUGAUAACCUCCUUUUUUACACUUUUCCACCCUGAUAACAAUCCAAAAUCGAGCAAAUCAUUGAUGUUUUGCUCAUUCCUCCUGGAAAGUAUAUUUUGUUGUUGUUGCGCUCUUUAGAUGACCUAGGCAGCCUCUUUUCAAAUCUACAUGAGCUUCUUGGUUCAUUGUCUAGCUGGAAGGUUAAAAUUCUCCUUUUUUAAAGCAAUCGCUCUUUGUAAUUGUACAUUUUUAUAGGAGUCCAUGGAAUGAAAUUUUCUUGGGGGUCAUUAAUCAAAAGGCACCUGAAAAUUUCAAAAAUUUAUCUUUUUAAGGGAAUUUUUUAGGUCACAGGGGAAGGGGUCUAGACUCCCUCACUAGGCUUUCAGACAUGAACUAAGUUAGCUUUUUUAAGGGAAAUUUUCUGGUUAUAGGGGAUCGGGUCUGGACCCUCUUAUCAUGCCUUUAAAUCUGUACAAGCUCAGAGGUCAACAUUUCAAACUUGAUAAUUACAAACCUGCGAUUUUUCAAAAUUAUCUAUUUUUAGUAAACAACAAAAAUAUUACUUCUAACCGAGAACUCAUUAAUUUCAAUUUCGCCAUAAUAUUUUUGAGACCGUUAACAGUGUAUGCGACAGUUAAUUCUGCCUCCUCAUUUGUACUCCUCCGAAGUUCUAAAGCCUCUGUUUCUCCUUUGAAACAUUCUAAACACCAAACAUUGAUUAUCGAAAUUAGCUUUUGACUAACCAAAUGUUUCAUGUUCUAAGAAUUGUUUUUGUAUCAUGAUUAUUAUUGUUGUAAAGUCUUGCACACUUUUUAUACUUAACCAACCUAUUGUAUAUAUUUUUAUUAGUAAUGUGUCUUUUGUACAUGUGUAUAAAAUUAGAGAUAAAUCACAGAUUUUACCCAAGUUUCAAAGUAAAAUCAACAAGUCUAGUCACAAUAGCUAAGACCAUUCUUAGCUCAUUUGUCCUAUGGCAUUGGCGUUGGCAAUGAAAAUGUGUGAAAGAUAGCUGUUUUGACUGGUCUGUUGUGCCUAUAUUUUCCAGUUCAGCAUCUCAUACGCCAAUAGGUCAAAGUUUUAUAAAUCAUUCUUACAGCCAGUGCAAUUAAACUAAAUAGAGGGGGAAAAACCGCCAAUUUUGGGCGCCUAAAGAUCUGCAAUAUCUAAUUUGGGCAAUGGUCCAAUAUCCUUAGACUGGGGAAAUAAUGGUAUUGUUACCAUUGUUUCUGUCAUACCUUGGUCUCUCUCAGCCAGUCCGAUCAUUGUCAACAUGUCCCCUUGAGUACUUGCAGGAAAUAACUGCGGACCAAUUUCUCAACAUUAGUAGAAUCUUUCGUUAUUUCCACAGAUUUUAAUUCAGCUUGUAAUCCUAAAUAAAUAAGUAAAAUCACAUUGUUGGUAACUUACUAUACCACAACAUCCGCGAAUUUUGUCAGUGCUUCUUGAAAGUUUUUCGGAAGUUUUGUAGUACAGUAACUCAUCCGUAUACUCACCUAUAACUAUAUUUAUAUUAAUCAUCAGAAUCAAUGAAGGAAGAUUGUACUACUGUUAAAAAAAUGUUUGGCAAUUUUUUUCUCAUCAGUAGCCAGUGGGAAAUUUUGAAAUGGGAAGGUUGACAUGGUAGGGAGAGACCCUGCAAUGUUACAAUGGAAACCAUACCUUGAUGAGCUGGGGCCGGGACUUGGAGGUCAUCAGCAAAAUCAAAAGUUACAAUGCUUGGCACGUCUGAAAAUGCCCUGCAUUCUUCUGUGUCCAAUUUCAUUGCACAGACAAUAGUUCAGGGUUUUCAGUUUAUUUCCCUCUAUUGGACCCAAGAGCCAUAAACAAAAUUGCCCUUUUUUUUGGCCCUCAAAAUUAGGGUCCUAGGAAAAUCGGGGACUAUCCCCCCUCCCCCCUGCAUAUCUUAAAAACGGUUUGUAUACUCAAAUUGAAAUUUUAGGAUGUGUAAAGAGUCAUUCUAAGGAUAAAAAAAAACUUCGCAUGGAUCUCAAUUUCGAGGGUCAAGAAACGGGCAAUUUUUGCCCCUUUUGGAGCAAGGCUCUUAGUAAUUUUUUUUAUCACAUUUUGAAUAAUAUUUCUCCUCUUAAAGUGAUUUCUUGAAACAGUGUCUGCUGGCUAGCUUUAAAUCCUGCGAACAGAAUUCCCUUUUUUGUUUUUCUCGGAGUUUAUGUUAGUUGACUAAGUCUUUCCGUACUCAAUACUAUAAAAUCUGAAAAUUAUCUAAGUGUCGCCUACUACCAGGAUUUAAUAUGAUUAUAAGGAUUUAAUUGUCUGUUGGGUAUUCUUAAUACUUGGUGCUCAUGGGUCAAAUAUUGGAAAAAAAAAACUAAAUAACUAGUCACAUUUAAUUAAAAUAUUGUUUUUUAAUAGGGAAAGUUUUACUUUUAUUUUAAGACUCCUCCUCUUCAUGCAAGUCUCC